CGUCAGCAGUACCACGUCAGACACAGUGCCACGUCAGCAGUACCACGUCAGACACAGUGCCACGUCAGCAGUGCCAUGUCAGCAACAUGACGGGCCUGCCAGGCCAACUGGCCAAUGAGACCAUUGCCGCCUACAAGCAGCGUUGCCUGGCUCAGUUAGAGGCUGAGGAACAACGCCUGCUGGCAGUCGAGGCUGCCCGCGUACAGGCGGAAGAGGCAGCAGAAGCAGAACAGCUGCGGCUACAGGCCGAUGCAGACGCAGAUGCCCAGGCUCGCCGCAAGGAAGCCCAGGAUCUGCUGCAGCUGCAUGAAGCCAACAGCAUCGACAGACUCAAGUACUGGCAUUUUGAACCGAACGGCGACGAGGCAACACCGGAAGAGAAGCACAAGGAGUUCCUCUCCAAACUCGUGACGCAGUUGUUGUAUGCUUGCAACUACCAACGGUCAGAGUUGGAGAGACAGUACCGGGACCUGACGCAACAGCAUCAGGAGUUGGCGACGCUCCGCCGCACAGUGCAGGGCCACAAGGAUGCAACUCGGGCACUCAAUGCCCGAUUGUUGGACCUGGAACAGGCUGUACCAGGACCAGCUGCUGGGGCUUCCAGCAGUGCACCCUCUAGCCGCCAACUGGAGGACCGCGUUGACCACGUAGUGGCAAUGCUGGGCGACGUCAGCACUUUCGCUACGCCGACCACCACCAUCAGCAGUCAGCUGCAUACAUUGAAGAUCGAGGUCCAGCAGCUGCAGACGACGAACGCAAAUGGCAAUCCAAAGAUGUAUAAGAUGUCAACGUUCACUCUGGAGAAGUUCGACGACUACACGCAGCAGGAUCCGGUCCUCUGGUGGGAAGCAUUCACAACGCAACUCAGGAUUCUGCCCGUAGACAAGCAUGCGUACAUCGGCGCCCUGUUCCUGAACUCAAAGGGCGGAUGCCAGACCUGGUUGACCCACCUAGCAACCUCCCACGGCGUCGACGUACCAGACUUGAAGGACGUAAUCACAUGGGAGGAACUGACAUGGCUGUGGAAGAAGCGGUUCAUCGUCGACGACGCGCCGACACUCGCCCUCAACCGACUGUUCACCAUGUCACAGGGCAACACAGCAACACGGGACUGGCUCACGGAGUGGCAGAAGAUUGCGGUUGUGCCCAAUCUGAAUCUACCAUUCGAGCAUCUACGCCGUGAGUUCUACAAUAGGUCCUGUGCUGCAUUGAGCUAGGCUCUUGGGGAUCGUGAGCAGUACUCAAUCUUCGCGGAGAUCAUUGACAAAGCGAGGGAGAUCAUCAAGACCAACAGGUCAGCUACACACGAGAAAUCAACAUCAUGGCAACCG